AUUCACAAGACUCACUACUAGCGGAGCUUGAAUACAUCGCGACGUACAUUAGAGCUCUGCCUCGGCUCUGGACUUGUCAUCUUCGACUCUUCCCUGCAGCUGGAAAAAGCGGGGAAAGAGCAGUCUUUUCCUUCUUCCCUCCAUGCGCUCCUCCCUGAUACGCCUCAGUCAUCUUCGGGUCAUACACGGCACCGAGUCGCAAGCUGCUUCCCUACAUCGUUCGCGCACCCUACAGCUGGCCUGAUUUCAACAUCUCACGCUCCUUACUCUACGCGGCUGUGCCCAGUCGGCUGGGGCAAGCAUCACCGCGCUGCAAGAGCUUUCGGUCUGGUUGAUCUGCGCGCGCGCGCGAUCCUGCUAGCGCAAUGAAGCUCACCCAACGUCGAGUCAUCUUCCUCGGAUGCGGCAUCGCUCUGCGCUUGGGACUGCUGGCGUGGGGAGCAUACCAAGACGCAUAUGGCGAAGUGCCAUACACGGACAUUGAUCACUCCGUCUUUGUGCGGGGAGCGAAAAGCCUGUUCGAAUCGUGUCCUCUAGAGAGCAUCAUUGCGGUAGAGCCUCAGGAGAAUUACGAGGAUUUGGCCGAUCCGCCACAAGCGAUCGGGAGGUGCGCCCAAGGAUGGUUGCCAGCUGUCGCUCGAUUCAUCUUGCAAGCUCAAGCGGAAUUCUUGGAUCCCGAAAUGAGCCCUUUUCCAGUCGACACGCUGCCGUAUCGGAUGCUGCAGCUAUCCUUGUCGCUCUUCAGCUUCCCCUUCAGAAGCCUUGCCGGUCUUGGCAAUCCUUACCAAGACAAGACAUUCAGGUACACCCCGCUGCUGGCAGUGCUCCUUGCACCCACUCAAGUACUCCCAACGGCGCUGGCAGAGUAUGGACCGAGGUUGUUGUUCGUCGUUGCGGAUCUCUUGUGCGCAGUGCUCAUGUGGACAGUGCUGGAUCUGUCGGCCAAGAGAAGGCACGCGUUGGAGAAGUUCAGAACGACCAUCACCUCGACUCCGCCUCCGGCUAGCAAGGAAGGCACCACUGGCUGGGUACCCGCUUUAUGGCUGCUCAAUCCAUUUCCGGCACAAAUAGCGACUCGAGGCAGUGCAGAAUCUCUCAUCGGCCUCGUCGUCCUUGGGUUCCUCAGCUCGACUUUGUACGCCACGCCAGCUCCUACACUUCCAUUGCCGACGCCUCAGAAAGGAGCACUGCCCCUUACACCCAUCAGCGAAGCACCGUCAGAGACGGAGGCGGAAGCCGAAGCGGAGAUGGAGGUGGUCAAGAGGAGGCACGAAGUGUCGAAAGAAUUCGCAGAAAAGGCCGCAGAAGCGCUAGCAGCUCGCACCACCGUCGCAGCGGUAGACGCGGGUGCUCCUCUGGAGCUGUCCAGCUCUUCAAUCGGCUCAGCUGCAUUCAGGGGGGUCGAAGAGCCAUCUCAUACGCUAUGGGGGACACCAUUGCUGUCACCAGUCCUGCUCGCGAUGGCUGUGCAUCUCAAGCUCUACCCUGCGAUUUAUGCGGUACCGACAUUGGCACACCUCCUGGCCACCGGCAAACCACACCGGUGGGCGGCUGCUUUGCGGUACGCAGUUGUCGCGGGAUACACCUUCGCUGUGACGGGUCUCAUGUGCUGGCUUCUAUGGGGACCUCCUUACCUCGAAGCUUCAUUCUUCUAUCACUUGACCAGGCUGGACGUUCGGCACAACUUCUCGCCCACAUUUCUGCCGGCCUAUCUCGGUACUACCAGCGGCAUCCUUUCCACAACCCAAAGUGCCUCUGUCGAUACGCUGCUGGGUGCGUUGGCUGGAUUUGGACCUCAGCUCGUGCUCGUGAUUGCAAUCGGCUGGACACUGGGUUCGCGAGACCUUGCGGCGGCAUGUGCGGCUCAAACCCUCGCGUUUGUGGCUUUCAACAAGGUCUCUACCAGCCAGUACUACAUGUGGUUCUUGUGGUUCAUUCCCAUCGUCGCACCUACGCUCAAAUUUGCGUCUUCAAGAGAGCCGUGGAUUUUGCUAGGCGCAUGGGUGGGAGCGCAGGCAAUCUGGCUCUCUCAAGCUUAUCUGCUAGAGUUCAGAGCAUUGGAUACUUUUGUAAGGACGUGGACAGCUAGCCUGCUCCUCCUCGUCACGCACGCCAUCAUCCUUGCGCGCUACCUAGCCGCGUGGGGCUCUCAUAGAGAACAGCUGGUCCGAGACGUUUCGCCGAUGGAUGCGAAAAAGAAGGCAGACUAGAGGAUGCACUCUGGGCAUGCGCGCUGCAGGGUGAGCUGUUGCCCCUCGCGGGCCUGUCGAUUUUGAAUGCGACGUUUAGGGAAUAAGAUGAACAUACCCCCGCUUCAGCUGCUUUUGCAACGUCAAUGGUGAAGGA